UAUAUCAAAUAUCCUGAGAACAAGCCCGCUAAGAAGGAGAUCUCAAGCAUCAUCUCUCAUGUACCGCAAUAUGGACAUUUGUUGUGCAGCCCAUGUUGCAGCGUUGUGCCGUACAAGACCCUCCAUUACCACCUCCGUCACUACCACAAGAUCCGCACGUCGUUCUGCACAGCCAUCGUCUCUCAGUACAAAGGUCUUGCCGUGUCGCAGACCGAUGCAGAUGUCAUACCUCUUCCAGGUGGAUCCUCUCCGUUAGAGUUCCUGGUGUCACCCAGGCGAGGCUACUUCUGCCCAUACUGCGACUACACGACUUAUAGUUGGGAUGUGCUCCUGCGUCACUUUCGAGAGACACAGUGCAGAAGAGAGCGCAAGGCCUGUGAUGAUCUGUCAUGCUCUGUUCAAGGAUGGGCGUUUUUUGGACGAAAUGUUAGGAAGACCUGGCGCGUGAAUGGUGAUACUGCUAUAGGUCAGCAUGAGGCAAAGGCUAGGCCAGGCUGGCAUCAGUCUGCUCUGGAUGAUCCUGCAACCGUCGCUCUGCUGCAGAUGGAGGACAAGGAGGAAGCCAGGCUCCUAUGAGAAGAGCAUGAAUUGAUGUCCCCAAGUAACGAACUCGAGCACGACGAAAAGACUGACUGGCUACGCGGCUGUGGUUGGCCGCGUUGGUUUGCUGAUAAACCACUCCAUCUGAUCAUUGCAACUUCAAGAG